GAAAUAUCAUCAAUUUUUAUACACACAGUGGAAGAGCUUCAAUGGUUCUUGGAUUGCAAUUGAAUUCUCACAACUGCGAAGUCGAUACUUGAACUAAGGCAACUUUAGCACUCUCUAGUAAUGCCUAGUCAACCACCCCUUCCUCACCUUCUCGUUCCUUAUAUAUCUACCCCUCCUCAAACAUCGCUCACAGUUUUGUCCUCUGUGCUGGGUGCCACGGGGAACUGGCUGGUACUAAGAUUCCUAUAUGCAGCAUUAAGCACCUCUCCAUUAUCAGAUACAGCUGGAUUCGGGCUGCAAGGGGAAACUGGAAGGAAGAGAAAAGUCGUGCUUGUGAGUUUUCUGCGGGGUUGGGAAUUUUGGAGGACAGAGGCUAAAAGAUUGGGGCUGGACCUUGCGCGUCUCUCUGAAAGGCGCCAAUUUGCGUUCGUCGACGGGCUAUCCGAGCUAUUCUGUACCCCUCCCGUCACAGUGCAACCAACUUCACAAUCGCAGUUCUCGGGAGCCACAAUACCUCCUCGAACGGCCUUCCCCCUCCGACCCCAACCAGCUUCUCCCGCUACCGCGCGCUCGCGACAACCUGCUCCCCCACCGCCGGGUAGCGGCCGCGCCGUGCCCCAGACCGCCGCAAAGGAAACCGAUGGGCCGAAAAGAUUGCAUUUUUCAGGUAGCGGGGUUGCAGCAUUAGAUGCGCUUGAGGAGGACAUCGCAACAGUGAUAAAACUGCUGAAGACACCGACACCAGGAGAAGAGGAGGAAUCUGAGGUCUUAUUAGUUGUCGAUCAGCCGGAUUUGCUACUUGCAGCUACGGGACCCAGCAAGGGCAUUGGCGGUACGGAAAUGGGAGAGUGGAUCAUGGGAUUACAGCAGGCUCCAACCGCAACUAUCGUGACGAUUUCUGCCGACUCACCGUUAAUCCACAACGCAUCUACAUUUGGUCACCAGACCUCCACACCCCUUGAGGCAGAGAAUGCGGCGUUUGCAGUUGGGCUGGCUCAUCGAGCAGAAAUGGUAAUGCAGCUACGCAAUCUGGAAACAGGUGCUGCGAGGGACGUCAGUGGUGUUUUGAGGGUUAGUAAAGGAGGCGCGUGGGGACAGAGGGAGAGCGAAACUGCUCAGGAAAAUUGGGAGGAGAAGGAGGUGUUGUAUUUUGUUCAGAGGGAUGGGGGUGUUAGUGUAUUUGGUCGCGGGGAGUAGGGUAUAUAUUCUGGAUCUGGGAUCGGUCCAUAGAUAUAUAUCUAUGCACAGGUAUACCGAUGCUAUUAGGGCGCGUGGGAAAAAAAUAUAUAUGAUAGACGCUGUUAAUGCACUGUUAUUGUCGCAAUUCCAAACGAACCAGAUAGUCGUUAUGAGGCAAGGCAAGCCUUGUACGCGGUAGACAAAUGGAUGGAUUCAGAAGACAGAUCACAUUGGAAAGAGUACCUCAACAUUGAAUCUGCCACAACAU